GCAUGUUUUAUCUCAAUAAGUGUAUGCAUCACACCGAUGUCUAGUGUCUGAUUGAUCUCUAUAACAGACAAGAUAUACCGUCAGCAUGUCUUAUGCAGUUGAAACCAAAAAGCGCAAGUUCGAUCGCAUCCUUGAAGCACUUUCUGAUAGCGCUGCAUCGCCCGCACGAUCUUCCCUCAACACUCGCAACAAUGCCUCAACCACGACCCUUACCCAAGACUCUGCCUCCGACUCUUCUAAACGCCGCCGUGUUGCUCCCACCUCGAAGAUUAUUGUGACCUCCUCUUCGGUGACCUCACUCAGCGGACACUACCUACCUUCUAGCCGAACUGCAUUCCUGCAACGACUCGAGACAUUUCGACAUGUUACCCAGUGGCACAUACCCUCCUCGGAGCGCAUCAAUGCGGCAGAAUGGGCAAAGAGAGGCUGGGCUUGUGUUGACACCGAUACUGUCUAUUGCGGAGCCUGCAAAGAGAGGGUUCAUGUCGACCUGGAGGUCAAUGUCGACUCAAAAGAACAUAAUGAUCACGAAAGAGAUGAAGAUGGAACAGAAGAAGACGACAGCUUUGCCUUCAGAACAGAAAUUCACGAAGGCCUAAUCAAGAGAUACCAAGAAAUGAUAGUUACUGCACACGCGGAGAGUUGCCUCUGGCGUCAACGAGGCUGUGACUCUACUAUUCAGCGUAUCGAAGGGUUACUGAAUACCAGCAUCGCUUUGUCCGCCUUGCAGACACGCUAUGAUGGCCUCAUGAUUCAAGCCGACGAAAUACCUGAGCAUGUGUCAUUGCCAGCUGAGGUUUUCGAGGGUACAAACACUUUGGACGAUUUCCGCUUUAAUGAUGGCGGAAAGCCUCAUUCCGAUGCCUUGAAAUUGGCACUCUGUGGAUGGGAGCGAAAAGGUGAAGACAUAAUCGAGUGUCGUCACUGUUUUCGUUCGCUUGGACUCUGGUUGUAUCGCGGUGAAUCGCCGGCCAUGGACCGCCUUGAUGCAGUUGAAGAUCAUCUCGAGUAUUGCCCCUGGCGCUCGGCCGAGGCUCAGAAUACAGAGAUCGUUGUUGGUGUUCGCGAGAACACUGACGACUCUAGACCGAAGGCGCAGCAACUGGCGGGUUGGUCUUUGGUCUUUCAGGCCAUGCUUAAAGACAAUAGCAGGAAACGAGGGUCCAAGUCACUGGGCUCCACUUUCGCUUCCGACAUCGAUUCGCCCACGGCAGGAAGCGAAACGUCCUUGACGCCGGAACAGCGCGAGAAAAAGAUGAGGGAUUUAUUGCGCAGAAUCAAGGAAAUCAAAAAGCCCUUCAACGUGAAGUCUUUGCUGAGACGCAAAGACAAAGCCCCCAAACCAUAAUAUCAGGCUUCGGAACGAAUACCACUGGUGUCAUUUGGGCUAUGUGUUGCUACAUUUUCCGAUGCAAAAACCUCAUGUUGGCGUACGCAAUACCUGUUUGCCGCGGUCGGACUCCGAAGCUGUUUCGACGCAGGAUGUCACUCGGAGUCGAGCCCUGGCAUUGAGUACGGAGGUUGUCAGUACGGAAGCUACCUCGGACGGUUCAUGGCGUAUGGUCGGAUAUCGGUCACGGUUCGGAAAAUAUCGCAACAGGUGCACGUGGGCUGAGCGGACUGUUGCUUGAGAACGAGAUUGCUUUUGAUCGCUGCGACUAGAUCUGCUGAGAGAUCCGACGCGACACCGGACUUUUCUCCUAGCAGCUGGCUAGCGCAUCAGAGAAGGGCGAGAACAAGAACCAAAAUUUGCAAGGCUGAGGUGGAUAUGGAUGUAGUGGACCUAAUUUGCAUGGAGCCUUGUGGUGUUGACGGGACGUGUGGGCGGCUCUUCUUUUUGACUAGACACUCUGUACGGAGUACAAUAGGAACAAGAUGCAACCAGGUGAGCUGGCACGGGAGACGAUGGGGAAGAAUUGACGAAUAUUAUCACCACCUUUACUCACCGUGAUAAUGAUGUCUACUCUGUACUAUUGCCCAGUGGCC